GCCAGCCAUCGUAGCAAGCCGUAGCCGUAGCCGCAGCGUGUCUUCGUGCGCAAUGCGCUUCUAGUUCAACAGUGUGCCUGUUGACCCUGUUGUCGACUACAUAGUGAAUUGUUGUCAAACUUUAAUGGCUGUUGCUAUGCCUCACUGUCGCGAAUAAGACCAAACGGUGAAUAAAGAACACGCGUGAUACAAACGUGCACCAAAAAAUCUCUGCUGCCGGAGUGGCGAACAAGAGGAACGUGGAUCGCCAAGUCUCAAGCGUCACAACACCGGUGACGUGUUGCGACGUUCUAUUUACGGCGUUGCUGCAUUGGCGACAGUGCAAAUCAUCAUUGGAACGUGGGGACUGACGUAGUUCGAAGGCUAUCGGGAUGCACCUACAGUAGACCGUAGUUGUCUUUGUUGAAAAUUUAAGUAAGACAUCUCGUAGUACCACGAAACUUAGCAUUACUGAUAGUCGUAGCAGCUCAGCCAGUCAGCGGUGACUCGGUGUGUAAAACGCUAGACGGACACAGAGAGGAAACCGUCGGAACAAGAACUUUAGAAACAGCUUCUUCCUCACAAAUAGGAAUUUUUGUGGUGUUGUGUGUCUCUGGGGUACUUUAUUGCAAUUUUAGGUGACAGGAAGAAAGAAACAAGUGAGGGUAACAGUAACAUUAGCGACGUCGAAAUCCGAUUACCCCCUAGCCAGCAGCAAACGUGCGAGGGCACUACUGGGGGGGGGGGGGUCUUUGAUUAACGGCAACAGGAGUGGAUCUCAUGUUCAUACACAUUCAGGCUGCUUUAGGCUGUCUCAGUUAAUCGGUCAAAGCGACCGGAUAGAAAUUUUGUCACAAUCACCAACAUGCAUCAUCACUGGGACCUAAAGCUUGCCCGAGAACGGCUCUGCAAAGAAGCCAAGUUGCGGAUAUGUAACAUGACGUUCACGCCAAACUCACUUGGCUUCAGCCACUCGCCAAACUACAAGACUUUCCAUUAUCCUCGUAUCGACCAAUCGAUAGACGCAGUUAUUUACGUAACGGUGGUAUUUAUCCUGUUUGCGGCAAUCGUCCUACUUCUUGUCGGUACAGGCUGCCACAGAUAUCAGCCUGUCAGCGGCCAGGGUGGAAAGCUUGGUGAGAAACGACAACUUGUCGUGCGCUUCGAAGAUGGUGGCGCGUCACAAACGAGUCCUGAAGUACCGAUGGAGCCGGUGUGAAUUCCCGGACCAGAAGUCUUGUUAUCUUCUAUUGUCUAGCAUAUCAUUCUGUUCAUCAUCCGUGAGGCUCCUGAAGUUGUCGAACGGGUGCCUAUACCACACUAUGGGCGUCCGUCAGCUUCGCGAACGAUGUACGUUUAGUAGGGGACCCAGAUGCCCUUUGGAUCUUGUGACCCAGGCGACCUAUUAAAAAUCAGGAAAGGCGGCAAGGUGGUUAGCAUGAAUGAAGACUCUAAUAUGAAAAUUGCCGAUAAUUGUUGGGUUAUUAAUUAGACAUAUAUACAUGUAGAUCGUUAAUUUUUGGAACCAGUUAGGAUUCACACAUACACAUACGUCCCGUUAGUGAAUCCUCGUGAAAGACUGAUUCGCGGAAGAUUGAGACGUCACGUGCUUCAUUCAUAUCGGAAUUCAUCUACCUGUUAGUUUGCCUCGUGUGUCGCCACCCAGUGACUUGUCCUAAUUAUGUAAACUCGAGUUUAAAUGUACAUUUUAACCUAUUUUCCGAAUAAAAAAAGAAACCAAAAAUAUACCUGAGUCCGGCUGAAUAAAAGAGACAAAUGGAGGCUGCAGACAGGAAAAAACAAGAAGAUGAGAGAAAAGCCUUGAUUAUGGCGACCGUUAUAAGUGGAGAAUGUGUACACCUACCAUACAGAGACCAAUCUUCAAGGAAACAUUUAUUUAGAUUCCUUUCUACGGUGAAACAACAAUAUAUGAUAUGGAUGAGUGAGUAUAAUAUAUACUAUUUAUAUAUAUAGCGUAUGAAAGGCACCUAUCAUUGAAACAUGACGUGAAUUGGCGCCAGUAAAAAAGUGAUACAUAAUCGAAAAAAGAGCAAUCUGUUUAUGAGAAGGAAAACAUAAGAGAAAAUCGAUGGACUCUGUGAGCCCCAUUUAUUGAAUGAUGGAUAAUAGAAAAUUUAGUCAAAAUAAAGAUUCCUCGGGGGUUCAAGGAAGCACAUGGCUAAAGUAGCAUAACUCACUUAUGUGCUAUUAUCAAAGAACACGAUAAGGGAUAUGCCGAUGCUGUACAUAUAUACAUGUAUAAGGCGAGAGAUAGAUCACGAAAAAAAAACAAAAAAACGUUUAUAGAUAAUACAUGUUUAAACGGCUAGUUCACAAUGGGGAUAAACAAUCAAAGAUAUCAUUUUAGUAGAACGACCACUAAAGAAUACUUAUAUUUUCUAAUAAGGUUCUGGUGUAAACCAUAAUUACAAAUACACUUAUGGAAAGUUAUUGGCAAAUGAUCGGCAAACAAACAAAUCAACUUAUAAAUAAGUGCUUUAAUAAAGACAAGACGUUGUCGACAAAGAUUUACGGCGUGAAUAUGUUGAAACACAGAAAUAAUUAUAGGGCAGCAACUUUGCUGCCAUGCGAUGGUUCGGGAACUAUUGUCCAUGGAAAAGACAGAAAAAACGUCCGAUGCUAAAAGUUACCGUUCAGGGUUACAUCUAGAGCGUAUUCGUCAACAGCAUCCGAUCUUCAUUAGCAACAACUGGAUAGAAACGAGACGCAGACAGGGUGCACGAUAUUCUUAACACCUUCAAAAAGGCAAACAUAUCUAUAAACAAGUGGGCAACUCAGUUCCUUUUCGUCGUUUGUACUAUAUUACUUAUACAAUCGCAUUGUACCCCCUUCUAUAAUCCCCUUCUAUAAUGUCGGUUAUAACGACGAUGAUCAUGAAAUCCUAAGAAGCAAAGCAAAAAUAAAGCAACUAAUAUAAAAUUAUUUGGCGACAAAUUUUGUUAAAUUAUAUAUAUAUAUAUAUAUAUAUAUACAUAUAAUGGAUUAAAAUGUCUGUUUUAAUUUCACACCGUAUUAUGUAUUAGGAUACAUAGCAUAAAGCUAUAAACAUUGUGUACAACAAAGAGUCUUUGUUGGUACGUUAUGUGGUGUUUGUAUUUUUUAAUGCUAAUUUUCCUCCUUUUCCUCAUAUCAUUAUUGUUACACUGCGUAUAUAUAUAUAGAUUUUAUCCAUCAUUAUAUAUAUAUAUAUAUAUAUUUAUAUAUGUGCGUGCAUUUUUUCAAUGUCUCUCUUUUCAUCCAGUACAUUAUUUAUAGUGUAGCUCCGAUCUCAUAGUAGCAUUGUAUGGGAACUAGCUUUGAAUAAGAUAGUUACGCGUCCGCGCUUAUUACAAAUGAAGGGCCGACAGCAAGUCUUCGUCUCUAGGUAACCGAUUCGACCGCUUUACCGCCCUUCCUACCUAGCUUCGUCCCGACCGUGUUCGGGAGGCAGUAGCUUACUAUUCUGGCACAGGACAGCGAAGGUGUGCCCUUUGAGGCCAUCGAUGGCCGCAGACAGACACGUGGCUUCUUUGAAAACAGAUCAUCAGACGAAACCUACGCAAGCGUUGCGUGUCGUUGGAAGAAACGUCGGAAAAAAGAACUUCAUCGUUGUCGAAACCCCGAAGAAAGCAUGACUAAUAUGUACAAUAUCGCUUAAGAACAGGAAACGUGCGAGGAAACUGGAUGAACGGUUGAUGGCCUUUUUAGGAAAGCGAACAACAGACUGUGAUGGCGAUAUAUAUAUAUAUAUUUAUUGUAACGCACCGCGGACGUGUCUUCGUACGCAAUAUCAAAGACGUUGAUAAUAAGAACACACGCACAUAAUGACUUGCUAGCUUCAUUUGAGUUACCAGUAAAUGACAGGCAUCACGCUGAGGAGAUAUCAUUCGACGUGAUCGUGAGUAGUUCACGUCAAGAUUUUUUGGCACGAACCGCAAUUGCGCAAUCGGAACCGCGUUGUGUCGAUUUCAAGACGUCGGCUUCCCUUACGGACAUCAGCGGUCACACUCGUAAUGGGCAUUGGCGAGGGCUGGCUCUAGUCAUGUUAUGUCUGUUAGCGUCUGUUCUUUCUCUCACUAGUCAAUUGGACUUUAUCUCAAUAACGAAAUAUGAAGCAAUAGGUAAAAGAACUCAAGAGGAAGAAGGAACCUAAGCGGUUCUCAAACGACGGUAUUCCUCUGAAGACAUUUUGUAUGUCAUGUGCCAUUUUUCCUUUCCUUUCUUAGCGGUCGCAACCACAACACGCCGUCGCCUAAUAUUCCUUCUUUUUAUUUGACACACAUUCGUUGUAGCCAUUGUUUAGACAAACCGUAAAAGAAGUGAUCAUUGGAUAUUGAUCGGUUAAUUUCAUGUAGUACCCUUAGACAGUUGGUCAAAAUGGUCUUUCACUAUGUCAAAUAUUCGAUAUAAAUAAAAGGAUAAUCAAAAUGCGAAAGCUACCAGGAAACUCGAUUAUGUGACUGAUGCCGACCUCAAUUUUGUCGACACAGAUAUGCGAUAAUAUGCUCUUUGAAAGGAGAUCGUCCGAAAUUGGUACGGAAAAUUGUCAAAAACCUUACCACUUGUACGGCAAGUAAUUAAAGCAUAAGUUAAAUAAAAGAGAAAGCAAGGAUGUCGAGAGAAAAACAGAAAUAUCGAAAUUCGGUGUUUACUAUCAUUACCGUACAAAUGUACCUCUAUCUCGUCAACCACCAGGCCUAUCCAGAACAAACAUAAAAGAAGCCGUAAAAUAAGACUGUUUGGAAAAGAUAGAAUGGAAAUACUGAAACAGUUUGAUCCGGCAUCAGGAAAAGCGAAAAAUUAGCUUUUACAUAAUUACUUAUUAUGUAUUCUACCGUUAGUUGAUUGCGGAAAGUGUCUUCUAAACAUGUGGAUUAAGAAAUUAAUUAACUAAUCGGAAAAUAUAGUUAUUAUAACAGAGACAAAAAUUCGUAUGUUAUUUGAUGGUUUCGGCUGGAAGGUUUCGGCAGGUAUCAUUUCAACAAAAGACUGGAUAUUGUCGACUAUAAAUCCAAUAGAUAACUUUACAAAAUACUUAUUUUUAAAAAUUUAAGCCUACUACGGACU